CUCUUUCCGGUAGUAAACACCAUCAGGGGCUUAAGUGCAACCGAGUUACGGAAAUAUUUUUUUAUUUUAAAUGCAUUAUAUACGGAGAAUUAUUGAUCCGACACACUGUGUUGAAUUUGUGUGUAGUAAUGAGGGAUGCUGGGAGGCGACGGAGGCACGAAGAAUGACACAUAUAGUCAUUUUCAUGUGAUGCCCACUCACGUGCACUUAAUGUAUGAAAUGGUUGACAUGUUGCAUUCAUCGGCCACUAAAAUGAUUGCGGAAAUUAAAGGCUGCGGAGGAGGCCUGGUUUCGCUUUUGUGCUGAAGUUCAAGGUCGGACAGAGAGUUAAUCUAGUUGGUGAAGAGGUGCGGAGCUAUCGGUCAAAAUAACAUGUGCGUUGGUCAACUAAUGUUUAUUGAGAGCGAUAAAAAGAGCAGAACAGAUGAUGAAGGGUGAAAGAGGGGGGUAGGAUUUCGUGCAUUUUCCUGGAUUUUCUUCAUCAAUUUCUGGAAAUUGAAACAAGUGAGACACACAACACGUGUGUAUGCUGGGAUUUAGCGUAACUUUACAAUCCAUAUCGGAGACUACACCAGUAUAUCUGUGUGUAAGACCUUUGAACGGGAGAAAUUUCCUGUAUGGAUUUUUAAAAGGCCAUUGUAUGACUAAUCAGGUGCGCAAUGCGCGCUUUUCCACUUCGAUCAGCUGAUCAACAGAAAGAGAAUUUGACCAUGCGGUUUUCUUAAAACUGCAAUCCUUUUCUGAAGGUACACACAGGGAAUGAAAGACCAGACAAGAGCCUGAGAAACUCAAUAUCUUCUAACUUUGCAAUAUGUCCAGUGAAAGGACUAAGGAGCGUCAUGAAUCGGGGGAAUCCCACGACUCCACGGACAGCGUGGGGGACUUCAUACCCUCCCCACCGGACGGAGGGUGGGGCUGGGUCAUCGUCUUCAGUUCCCUGGUGUGUAACAUCAUUGUGGAUGGUAUAGGGUACGCCUUUGGUGUUCUACUUCCUCAGUGGGUGGAGGUGUUUGGAGAAUCACAGAGCAAGGUGUCCCUAGUAGGCUCGCUUCUGGUCGGGGUCUACCUUUGUGCUGGGCCCGUGGUCAGUGGUUUGACCAACAAGUUUGGAUGUCGACUCGUGGCAUUUUCCGGAAGCUGUUUGGCGUCCGUGGGAUUCUUGCUAGCGUCUUUCAGCAGUAGUAUCAAUGUUCUCAUGAUAACGUAUGGGAUUUUGGGAGGUUUGGGAUUUGGUCUGAUUUAUUUACCGGCCAUUGUCAGUGUAGGUUUCUACUUUGAGAAGAAGCGCGCAAUCGCAACUGGAAUUGCUGUUUCCGGAUCCGGAAUAGGAACUUUCAUAUUUUCGCCGGCAAACGCUGCUUUAUUGGAAUCUUAUGACUGGAAAUAUAUGUUAAUGAUUCAUGCCGGUAUAAUUCUAAAUGGAUGUGUUUGCGCAAUGCUGAUGCGGCCUUUAGAACCACCAAAAAGAAAAAAGAAGAAAAAGGUCAGAGAAAAGACGAUGAUUGAUCGUGUUAAGGAAAAAGCAAUUGCAAGUCGUAAACACGUGGGCGAAUCAGAGUCCAGUGUUCAGGUUGUAGAGAGUUUUGCCAGAUUGCAAGAAGCCAAACGAAGGCGUGAAGAAAGACUCAAAGACGAUGAGUCUGAUGUGACCUCCAUGCCCAGUGCUUAUUUUGUGAAAACCCGCGACAGUGACAGGUACAAGCACUCUUUUUCAGAGGCAGGUGAAAGCUAUUGUGGCAGUCCUGUAUCUGAUAUUCCAAAGAUAACAUUUACUGGCACUGAAAACAAUGACCCGUCAUCACCCGAAUCCCCGCGUUCUGAAAGGUCAGACGAUAAAAGGGAAUCCAAAGAAACGAUACAAGAGAGACCCAACGAGGAAGAAGCGGCCAACAAAAAUGAUGGAAACAUCCUUAAUGGUGUUUACAGUCACGAGGUGGAGCCACUUAUUGAAAAUGGCUACGCUAAAGUGGUUGUCCCGAGCCAAGCGAGGGAUUAUUCCUCAGCGGCCAGGCUUCGUAUCGGAUCCCAACAUAACAUAGAGAAGAAGGACUAUGCUAGACCGCUCUACAGGCAAGACAUUUUUUACAGUGGAAGUGUGAAUAGAAUUCCGGCGUACACGUCACAGCCGGACAUGCGCAGUUACAUUACAAGUAUUACAACAAUUCCUGGAGAACUUGAAAUUCCUCCCACAUCCAUUUGGGACAGUUGUACCUGUCUGCCCAAAUCCAUUGUAGACACAUUAAGAGACAUGUUAGAUUUUUCAUUAUUAAAAAACUCGUCUUUUGUGUUGAUUUGUGUGGGAAACUUAUUCGCAAUGGUUGGAUUUUACGUUCCUUUCGCCUAUUUAGUAGAUCAUGCUUUGGAGCAAAAUGUAUCGAAAACUGACGCCGCAUUCCUCUUAUCUGUGAUUGGUAUCACCAAUACCAUUGGUCGAAUUCUGGCCGGAGUGAUAGCUGACGUCACUAAGGUCGACGCUUUGGUGAUUAACAACGUAGCGUUGGUUCUGAGCGCUUUACUCCUUUUCAUCGAACCCUUCUGUACAACGUACCCCCUGCUUGUUUUGUUCGCUGCCUUGUAUGGAUUAUGUGUCUCCGCGUAUAUAUCUUUGACCUCCAUCAUCAUCUGUGACAUCAUUGGUCUGGAGAAACUGACCAAUGCAUUCGGUCUGCUGACUUUGGCCAGGGGGACGUCUUCUAUUUACGGACCACCAAUAGCUGGCGCAGUUCGUGUUGCUACAGAGAGUUACGACUAUUCCUUUUACCUGGGAGGGCUAAUGUUCGCGAUUGGCGCUGCCUUUCAUCUUGUGCUACAUUUACCCUGUUUCAAACGGACGGGAUUGGAGGAUCUGACCGAGGCUGACCUAAUUGUGAGAGAAAUAGAACAGCCUAAGGAUCAACCCGUUGCUGUUUAAGUGACCUAACUGUAACAGAAAAAACUACACAGGCUGUCGUCCCUGUAUUGACGAAAUCAAAACAUAAAAAAGAACGAUUUCGUGCUGAAAUUAUUUUAUAUACGAGUAUAUUAAAUGCAGGGUCUGGUGUGAAUUUGAUAUAAUUAUGCUUGUUGUGUUAUUAUUGUUUGAAGAAUGUAUUUUUAUUAUAUAAUUCCGAAUUCCAAUAUUUUACAUGUACAUGUAACAUCUAAUAUUAAGGAUUCUACCUUUGCUUUUACUCACUUCUUAGUACUUGGUUUUAAAGUGUUUUAUUUACUUGUAGUCAUGGUUUCAUGUAUUUUCAUAGCCCGGCAUGAUAUUACAUUAACCAUCAUAAAUUUCAUGAAUCACGGAAGUGGUUGCAGGUGUUUUAUCAAACAAAAUUGCAUGUUUUUGUGUAUUACUAAUAUUUUUUAAAGAUAUAUUCUUUUUUUUUUUUUAAGAGCAGAGUGAUCAUUGGCUACAAUAUAUGGACGUUUAUGUAUUUUAGUUCAUUUGUGGACUCAUUAAUCCAAUACAUCUUUGGUUAACAUACACAGGGGCUAUCAUGUUUAUGAAUGUUUUAAUUUCAUUAUGGUAAAACUAUUUUAAAGCACGUGUAUAAAACAGUCUUGUUUUUGGUUUUGUAUUUACCAGUGUAAUGUUACAUGGAAGUUUAUACUCACUCUUUGUCUCCAUUUCUCAUUUCUCUCAUGACAAUUCUUUGUAUUGUUUUUGAUUAUGUAGAGAAAUAUUAGGCAGCAGAUAUCGCCUACAGAGACGGAUUAGGCAACAGGCAUUGUCUGUCCUUUUUUCACUAUUAUUCAAUGAUUUCUUGAUAAUUUUGUCUCCGGACAAAACUAGACUAUAAUAUUGUUUCGUAGAGUGCAAAGUGAUUAUGUUAUUUUGGGAAACAUAACAUGAGACUAAAUACAUGUCAUUGUUUACGUCAUAAUAAAGGGUGAAUAGGAGUAAAAAGAUUAUACACUGAAAAUCUUAUCAGUUAUAUGUGUUAUAUAUUAAAGUUUUGUAUUUACACCCAA